UGCGCUCACUGUCCUCAAACAAAUCACCUCAUCUCAAGACCUAAAAGAAACUCAGCAGGUGAAAGUACUAAUUUUAACUCACCUGGACGGAUAUAUACUAUGGAUUUUAUCUAAAUGAUCUUGUCAGAUAACAGGAGCUGAGAGCAAUAGCAGACAGAAUGAGUUGGGGAGCACUUUAUACCCAGCUGGGAGGGGUAAACAAACACUCCACCAGCUUGGGGAAGAUCUGGCUUUCUGUCUUCUUCAUCUUUCGCAUUUGCAUCCUUGUAAUAGCCGCUGAGAAGGUCUGGGGGGAUGAGCAGUCCAGCUUCAUCUGUAACACUCAACAGCCAGGCUGCAAAAAUGUCUGCUACGACUACUUCUUUCCAGUCUCACACAUCCGUUUCUGGUGCCUGCAGCUCAUCUUUGUGUCUACACCAGCUUUGCUGGUGGCUAUGCAUGUGGCAUAUAGCAAACGCAAUGUAAAGAAAGGACUUUUGGCCAAACGAGGUGGCAAAGUCAAAGGGGAUGACCUGGAGAGCUUGAAGAAGAGGCGUCUACCUAUCACUGGGCCACUGUGGUGGACCUACACCUCAAGCCUGUUCUUCCGGAUCCUUUUCGAGGCCGGAUUCAUGUAUGCUCUGUAUUAUGUCUACGAUGGGUUUCAGAUGCCUCAUCUGGUGAAGUGUGAGCAGUGGCCCUGUCCCAAUAAAGUUGACUGCUUUAUCUCACGACCAACAGAAAAGACACUCUUCACCAUUUUCAUGGUGGGUUCUUCUGCCAUUUGCAUUUUGCUCAAUGUGGCUGAACUGGCCUACCUGAUUGUCAAAGCACUGUUGAGGUGCUUAGCCAGAUUCAAAGGAAGGCGUGCUACUGUUUACCAAGACAAAAUGUCCACAGAAAAGGCUCGCAUACAGAAUGAAAAGAAUGCAAAGUUGAUGUCAUCUGCUUUGGACUCCUCAAGCAAUAAGACUGUUUAAGAUUAUACCUACAUCCAGUGACUAAUUCUACUAACAUGCUAACAAGCUCGAAAAUGCAUUUUUUUUUUUUUUUUUUUUUUUACUUUUUUAAUGCAACCAGGGCACAAAUUACAAUUACAAUUAGCCUACUUUGUGUACCGUGUUUUUGACACCAUGCCCUGAGAAUAAAACAAAGCCACAAACCUGUCAGCAGGUUUCAAGAAUGCUUCAUUACAAAACUGACAUUACUCACCCAAAAGACAAUUAGGGAAAAUGACAUAGUCUGAAAAAAAAUGUUGGAGGUUGUUGAACUUCAUUUUCCACAUUCCUCAUGAUCCUGUCACAUUACUCUCUAAUGGCAUUAAAAAAUCCCAAGAGUGACUCCUAGUGGUCACAACGACAUAAAUGAAGUUUAUAUACCAUCCUUGUAAAAAAUAGUGUCCUUUAUUGAGGGAUUGUUUACAAGAUAUUGUAUUGUAUGUAAAUGUCCAUACGAGUCUAAUCUAAAUCUAUCUAAAUGGAAUUGGUUAUGGGUUAUCUGAGCCAUGGUUGUCCUUCAUUAAAUAUUUUCCUUCCAGGAAACAGAAUAUGUCCGAUUAUAGAAGAAAAUUAUUGAGACAAAACCUAACCUCAGAAAUGGCUUUAGAGUUCAGUUAAUUAAAGAUAGAUUUAUUUUUUUAUUUUUUAUGUAUUACUAGUUUUUAAAGUGUAAGUUUUGUGACAAAUACUUGUUCCACUGAAAAAGACACAUGAUAAAUGUAAUGUGAAAGUCACAAUUAAAGUGAAAAU